CAAUAGGAUAUUUAUAGGCCUCUCGUUGCCUUCGCUGGUUCUCCCGGUGUUUAUGAAAGGGCUUAGCUAGCAAUUGUUAUCUAGAAAGAAGAACUAGAAAGUUAGCUAGCCAUUGCUAGCUAGAAAGAAGAGCUAGAAAGGGCUUAGCUAGCCAUUGUUAGCUAGAAAGAAGAGCUAGAAAGUUAGCUAGCCAUUGUUAGCUAGAAAGAAGAGCAAGCCGAUUCCCACGUUCGUAGAAAAAGCGGCACAGUGGCAGCUCGAGGAACGCCCUGGCAGAGCCGGGCAGGCCCGCGUAAGGCCCACGGCGCCCAAACAGAUGCCGCCGCCGCCACCGCCGCCUCCCCUUUUGCAAGCAAAUGCUCCGCCGCUGCUGACCAAAGGGAAGUUCCGCGCCCCACUGAACAUCUGCGGCGGCGGCCCCUGUCAGUCCGAGGCGGGACGGACUUCCUCUGCCAAGUUCCCAGCGCGACGUCCUUGCCGCAAGCCGGCAGGCGAAAGAGAAAGCUGCAUCCUUAAAAGCGGCGCUGCCUCCCAGGUCCGCGCACAAGCCGAGAGCUCUUGCAGCUGGCGGGCAGCCUGUCUGCCCUCCUCUCCUCACCGCUCUCGCCUAGCAGGAAGCGAAGAGGCCCGGCCGCCUCCGCAGCGCCAUGGGAUCGACCACGGAGACCCACGAGAUGAACGGGCUGAUGGCGGGCAACGGGAACGCGGCGCCUCCCGAAGAGCCUGGAGCCCGAGGGGUACAGAGAACCCGAGUGAUUAAUAUGAACCACUAUGCUAAUAAGAAGAGUGCAGCCGAGAGCAUGCUGGACAUUGCUUUGCUGAUGGCCAAUGCAUCCCAGCUGAAAGCAGUAAUGGAACAAGGGCCCACCUUCUCAUUCUAUGUUCCACUUAUUGUCCUCAUCAGCAUUUCACUUCUGCUUCAGAUUGGAGUAGGUGUACUUCUAAUAUUCCUUGUCAAAUAUGACCUUAAUAACCCUGCAAAGCACACCAAGCUGGAGUUCCUCAAUAACCUUGCGACUGGACUGGUCUUUAUUAUAGUAGUUGUGAAUAUCUUUAUUACUGCCUUUGGAGUCCAGAAGCCAGCAGUUCAGCAAAAGACCUGAGCUUUUGAAUUUUGCGGGGAGCUUCUGCGCCUUGAGCCAGUUUCUCUUCAUGGAAAACGUGAAGAACCUAAAGCAAUUCAAGCAAACAUUUCUCUGACUCUUUCAGCUGAACUAUUUACCAGGUUGACCCUUCUUUUUCAUCUCUUAACCACAUAAAGAUAGUGAACAUGUAUUUUCGGGACCAAGGAUCCUGGCAUCCACACAACCCAUCAGUAUUGCAUUAGAGAAGAUUGCUGAGCAAAUCCUUUCUCCAGAGACUGUUGCUCCUUGGCUCCACUGGCAGCUCAGAACUCCUUGCUUCCUGAGUGAUGCCAGGCAGAAAGAGGUGCUUUCUACACUUGAAAGGAAGGGUUUCACAUCAGCCCUUCCAAAUGAUGCAGCGAAGGGGGGCGGGCAGGGUUGUCUGUCAAUACUUUCAGAAGCCUGUCUGCUUUAAACGGAUAAUUUAUGUAAUCAACCAACCAGCUGAACAUGUUGAUUUUUGAGGAAGAACAGCAGUGGGUGCCCCCCACAAGCCAAGGUUCAGAGUACCCAAAGCCGGACAAGUUGCUUUGGCCCACAAGGCAGGAAAAUCCUGCAGGCACUUCUUCCCUGUCAGGAUGAAUGCAGCGAUAACUAAUUAAAUAACUAAUUGUAUGCGCCCUUUUCAUGACAUGCAAAAUUUACUGCUUGGGGCAGUCAUCUCACUCUGAUGUUAAGGCAGAGUGUAGUUUUUGUUUGAUGUAUGUAGUUUUUGUUUAAUUAUAUCAUUCCAGAUACAUUUGUCUCAUAUUUGGGAGGGUUUGGGAGAUUUUUCUCAUAUUUGGGAGUGUAGAAAAAGGUGCGCACAAUCAGUGUGUGGAAGUUUGGGAACAGUCAUCUUUCUGUUCAGGGAAGGCCACUUAAUUAUUAUUCAUUAUGCUUCAUAGCUUAACUGUGUCAAUCCAAUUAUUCCAAAAGGACCAGGGUACAUCUUGCAAACUUGGUUCUUGUUAGAAUAAUUUUUUAUCCAUUUAUGUGAGUUCCUGGGAUCAUAGUCAGCUGGAAAAGAGCUAGUGAAUCCUUAGCACAUUUCAAGAUCUAAGAACAUUCCUGCAGGAUCAGACCAAAGACCUAUCCAGUCUGCCAUCUCACAGCGGUCAAGCAGGUGCUUGUGGCAAACAUACACACAGGGCAUGAUGGUUCUACUGUGGUUCCUCAGUAGUUGGUAUUCUGAGACAUGGUGCUUCUGUUUCUGGACAUAGCAUAUAGUCAUCAAAACUACUAUUCCUGGAUAUUCUUAUCCACAAUCUAUUUAUAUAAUCCUUUUCUAAGCCAUUUAUGUUGGUAGCCAUUGUCCAUUUGUUCCUUUUCUCUGGCCUGUCUUCCAGCAUACAGCUCCUUCUCCACACUAUGCAUAAUUUUUUAUAUUUCUAUCAUGCCCUUCCGCUUACUUUUUAAAAAAUGCUUCAAAUGUUUCCGCAAAGGAGAGCUUCUUCAUAACUUUGGCUUCCCCUUUCUGUGUCAUGUCCAGCUCUAUAAUGUCCUUUUGCAGGUUUCGAGACCAGAACUAUUCACAGUAUUCCAAGGGUGGUCACACCAUGAAUUUUACAGCAGCAUUAUGAAGUGAUAUUUUCAAUCUUAAUGAUCGCCUAGAGAUUACCACUUUUGAUCAGCUGUUUCAGUCUUGUCUUUUCCUUCUGGCAAUGGCAGCAACAUGUUUGCCUGACCAAGACUUUAAAAAGGUAUCACCCGUCAACCUAUAGAGUUGUCUCAGUUUAUAACCUCAAUCAAAACAUCACAUUGGGUGUACAUGCCUAUGUGUUGGAAGACAUGUCUUCAUCUUGGUGGACUGUUGCAUGUGAAGAACAUACACCCCGGUUGUAUAUACAAGCAACAGAAAUCAGUGGCCAGCAACUUCUUCCCAACAUUAAUACAUGUGAUUCUGUGUACCUGUGCAGGAAAAAUGUUUAUUUAUUUGGGGGCUUGGGUAGAUAAGGGGCGAAAAAGCAAAGUAAGACAUAGUACUUCUCCAAUCCCUUUCCACAGUCAUCCAAAUGCCAUGUGUAAAAUGGCAGUAGAAGACCCUUAAAGGUGAGCAACUAGUGGCCUUCCAGAUGAUGUUGGGUUGCAGCUCCCAUCUUCUUUCAUUAUUGGCUGUGCUGGCCAGGGCAGAUGAGAGCUGCAGUUCAGUGUGUGGAGGGCACAUGUUGUCCAUUCAUGCUUUAUGACUUCAGUAAACAUGACUACUAACUUGUCUCUAGACUCUGAAUACAAAAGGCCCAUUGCCAGCCUUGUUCUUAUUGACCUGUGAUUAGUCAUCAUCUCCAGUAGGAAAGAUGAGUGCACCCUACAGAUCAUGCUUAUUUUUUCCUACUGUAAUUUAUUUUCCCCUCAUCUUUCCUCAAGUAACUAUGCAUGGAAAGGAUUAUUUAAAAAUAUCUCUGACAAACACAGUUGAGUCCAAAAAUAUACUAUAAUACAUACUAUUGCUGUAGCACAAAUAUUUUAAGAAAAUAAAUCAACUAUUAGUGCCAUUUUAUUUCUAAUGUAUGGUAAAAUCAGUUGCAAUCCAUUUAACUUUCUCCUACAUAUAUGUUUAUUAUAUUCCUUUUUUCAUUUUCACAUAUAAUAGAAAAAUGAAAUGUCUGUAAGAUAUUAUGGUUGGUAGUCAGAUAGUUGUAGCAUUUUCAUUUACCAUUUCAGUUGCUAAGUUGCUUAGUAUUUUCUCUUGAUUGUAAGAACAACAGAUUUUCAAGAACAGGGCUAUAAUUUUAUUUUCUGCUUUGCUAGUAGGAAAAUAGAGGUCAAGAAGAGUAUUGAAGAAUUUUGAUAUUUCAGUGAAAUCGUUAUAUUGUGAUCUCGUUAUCUAGCUUUUAUUACUGAUAAAAAUCAUGAGCUGGAUCCAAGAUUAGACAUAGUUUCAGCAGACCUAUUCACAUACAUGGGAAUUAAGUACCUUUAGGUUUCAGUGGUUUGGAUCCAGAUUUUCACUGGAUCAGCUGUGCUGAUGGAAGUAUUCUUCCCUGCCCCUUUCUUACCAUGGCUGUUCUCCGAAUCUGUAAAAGAGAAUCAGGAGACCUUGCCGAAUGGGGUGAACUAUGGUGUAAGGGGAGGGGAGAUGCUCAAAAUCAGUAAAAAAAAUUCUUUGAGCAGAGUCUUCCUUUUGUAGAAGGCAGAUCCUGGAUCCAGCUCUGGUUGUACUGCAAGUACAAUUAAGUCUGCAUUCAGCUCUGUGUGUUCUAAGACAGCAUGCAGAAGUACGUCGCUUCCUCUUGUUUGGAGGGAAAUGUGCAAAGGCCUACUGAACUAAGGACUGGUUUUGUUAACAGCUGUUGUACUUUCUCAUUAAUUACAUCAUAAGGAAUGAGGCAGCAGAUUCAACUAACUUGUUAUCAGCAUAGUAAAAUAUGCAAACCUUUGUUGCAGUGAAUUUUGUGAUGCAAUUAGAGUUUUCACUUAGUGAAAAAUACACUGCUCUACUGUGGCCUGAAGACAGUACAGCUCUGAGUGAACAUUGUAUUGAUUAGUAUUUUCUUUACAGGGUUAGUGAGAAUAUGGGCACAAUCUUACAUAUACUUACUUGAGAGGCAUUUAUUUCCAAGUAAGGAUGCUUAGUUUUGGCCUCAGUGCUCUAAUUUUUAACACUGCAGUUUGCAAUCCUCUGUGGACUUAAGUGCAUUGACUUCCAUGGACUCAAAUGAGAGUUGCUUUCUAUUGGGUUAUGUAAAUGAAGGUUUCAGCACUGAAGUGUGUGUGUGCAGCAAAUGAGGGCGAGCAAAAGUCAGGGAAUUGGUGCAGGCACACUGGGCAUGGCAUGUACUUUACUUGUGUUCAGUGCUUUAAAAGAAGUUGAAUCAAUGUUCCUUUAAUUCAGCCAUAAAGGGCAAAGAUCUCAGCCUCUUGGGAAAAAGAGAUGCUGCUUAUCACCGGUGCCAUUGAAGACGAUCCCAUUGAUGCCUGGGACACACAAACAGCAAAGGAAUGUGGUAUUUCGGUAAUCGAAGCCGUGCCUUCCGAAAGGAUGUCUGCCUUCUUUUGAACAAAUGUCUGACAGUUGUAUGUCCGUAGGGCUACCAACUGAUGAUUUCAAAAGACCUCCAAGCCAUGAGGACUCGGUACUUAUAUCCUGUGUGCCUCAUCACAAACUCUAUAUAGCCUUAUAUAAAUGCCCAUUGCUGGAUGCUGGAUCUGAAAUGGUUUCUGAUCCUUCUACUCAGGUUAGGAUCCUUCGUUUUUUUGUCCUUAUUAUGUUGGUGGUAUUUUCAUUAUGAAGAUGAAUUUUAUGUUAUUGAUAAAUAAAACAUUUUUGUUGGUUGAGUA